GUCGGCGUCCUGCCGUUUGAAAGAUGGCGCCUGCGGGUCCGCUGGUGCUGACAGAGGAGGCGAUCCGGGAGAAGAGCGGCGUGGGGCCCCUCCGCGGCCUGGCUGAACUCCGGUCCUUGUCUAUUCCUGGGACCUACCAGGAGAAGUUCACUCACCUGGGGGACUCUCUGAGGCACCUGACGGGCCUGAAGUCCUUGGAUCUCUCUCGCAACUCCCUGGUGAGUCUAGAGGGCAUCGAGUACCUGGUGGGGCUGGAGAGCCUCAACCUCUACCACAACUGCAUCCCCACGCUGGCCGAGGCCCUGCGGCUGCGCUGCCUGCCCUGCCUCCAUGCCCUGGACCUGCGCCUGAACCCUGUGGCCAGACCCACCGGCCACUACCGGCUCUUCAUGGUGCACGCGCUGCCCGCACUGAGGAGGCUCGAUGACCGGCCCGUGAGAGAGAGUGAACGGAAAGCAUCCCAGCUGCACUUUGCUUCCGAGGAAUCACUCGGCUCCACGCAGAGCCUUCUGGCCACAGAGAGAGGCCGCAGGCCCCCACUCUGCAGGGCCAGCUGCCCGGAGCCCCCGGAGCCCUCAGCCAGGCAGGGCCUGGUCCUGGACGCGGACGACGAGGCGGUGCUGACCCUCAUUGCUGAGUGCCAGUGGGACCUGAGCAGCCCUCCCAGGAGCCAGGGCUCCAGCCAGGAGUGUGGGGCUGCCCUCGCCAGUGCCCCUGUGUGCAGACCCCUGCUGAGCCCCCAUGCUCUGCCGCUCCAGUGCGGGGACUCUGCCUGGACAAGCCAGGACAGGCUGGAUGGUGGCCCCUGGGCCUGCACCAUGGACAGGGAGCUGCAGAGCCCGUUCUGUGGAGAGCCGGUGGCCCACCCCUGCCCCGGGCACCCAGAGCCCACAGAUGUGGAGGACUCGGCCGUGUCUUCUCAGAAGUCCAGUCUGUCGUCCCAGAAGGUGUCCGCCCCUCUGCCUGGCCCUGACAGGCGCAGGAAGCAGAGACUGCCGGGAGGAAGAUUCCAGGUGCUGUCAGAGCAGGAGUGCUCCAGCUGCUCGGAGGGGCCCGAGGGAGCCUCGAGCCACGAGCCCAGCCUAAGCAGACACAGUGGCUCUGGGAGCCGCAGCGAGAAGACCUGCGCCCACUCAGACAUGUUGGGGUCCGAGAGGCCGUGGCCGCCCAGCACCAGUGCAGCCAGCGAGCCACGGCCCACGGUGUCCCCGCGGCCCGGGAGGAAGGAGGCCCCCGGGACAGAGCUGCCGGAGAUGCUGCUGGGCCUGCUGGAUGGGCACUGGGGCGAUGAUGAGGCCUUCCAGGCUCAGGCCCAGCACGUCUUGUCAUCUCUUCGAGAACCCGCAGCAUCUGAGGACCAGUCCUCGGUUCUGACUGAGAAGCUUAACUACCUGACUCUGGAGAACAAGUCCCUGCAGAGUCUUCUAGCAGAGCAGCAGCAGCGGCACCGUGAGGAGAUGGGGCAGGUGCAGGCGGAGCUGAGCAACACUCGAAAGGAGCUGGAGGACCUGAGGCGGCGCUUGGACAGGGCCCUGGGUGACAAUGACAGCCUCAAGUCUCUACUAUCCAGCCUGAAGGAGGCCAGGAGCUCAGACGCUGCCGCCUUGCAGCCACAGAUCGCUGGGCUGCAGAGCAGCGUGAAGAGGCUGACUGAGGAGGUGGUGGAGCUGCGGCAGCACCUGGGCCAGUACGACAAGGUCCAGGAGCUUGUCCACAUGCUGCAGGACAGCCACAGCUCCCUGGUGGGCACCAAUGAGCGGGUGUGUGAAGCCGCUAUCCCCCAGCUCCCUGGUGGGCCCAGGGGUGGCAUGCAGGUGUGUGAAGCCGCUGUCCCGCAGCUCCCUGAUAGGCACCAACGAGCAGCUGCUGCAGGAACUGGGUCGCGCGCGGGCACAACACCGGGCAGAGACGGAGCAGCUGCACUGGAGCUACCGGCAGCUCAAGAAGACCCUGGGCCUGGCCCCGCCCGGCUCCCCCUGAUGCCACCCCAAGGGGAAGAAGAUGGAGCUGCUGUCCUGUCUACAGGGGAGGUGGCACCAUCUUCCCCCGUCCUGGUGGGGGAGCUCUCAGUACAGCGCGCCCUCCUCCCUCCCUCUGGCCCCCGUGGCUGCAUGGCAGCAGGGACAGGAUGACCCUGGCCUGGGGUCUGGCCUGCCCCGCCAGCCCCCGUCAGCCCUGUACUGCAGACCUGAGUGCCGAGUCUUGGGGGUCACGCCAUCUGCCAACAGGGUUUGUGUAGCUGGUGGAUCCAGGACGGGCUGGGGGACACACCCUGAACAGAGGCCAUCCCUGGGGUGGAGAGCACCCGAGGGCAUGGUGGGCACGUAGAGGUUCUGGGGUCUGUCCACACUCCAGUCCCUCCUAUAGAGGCCUCACGCUGUUCCUGGGACCUGAUGUGAGGCCGUUUCUAAAGGGCUUGUUGGGGCUUCACUUUUUCUCUUAAAGUUCAGUUAUCUGUUGAGAGAGAGAAGCCCCUCAGCCACAGCCCCAGACAGCGGACCUCAGUCUCUGAGCCCUGGCGCUGGGAUGUGGAAACCCUGUUAGUUGUGUGAUGACGACUCCAACCACCUCUGUGAGCCCAGGUGUCCUGGCCUGGGAGUAUGGCCUUUGCCCUGGUGCUGGGUGGACCUGCCCGCAGUGUCCGCUCUGAGUGACCAGAGUGGGCCUCUUGGCCCGGUUCUUGUGGCGUCCGGCAUGUGCCCACCCAUCCACACAGUGACUGGUAAACAAUGGCAUUUAUCAUUUC